GUACAUAACUGGGUGUGUUCAAAAUACGCGGAAGAUAUACAGAUCUCCUCGGGGUGGGGGGGAUGGCGCAUUUUCGUGUUAUCGCAGUUAUAAAUUAAAAGCUUUUUGCAAUUUAAACGAGACGAAAGCACUCAGAAGUCGCAGCCAUGUCCCCUGAACUGGAACAGAGCCCCAGGAGUUUGCUUGUAUGCGAAAAGUCAAGCUUCAUGAAUGAGAAAGCUCGAUAUGACACCCACGUGUCGAAACACUGCUUCAACUACAAGGUGUCGAUUGUAAUCCCCGAAUGUGCUUCCUUGCCUGCAAGCAUUGGCGGAGUCAUUAACAGUUUCAACACCUAUUACCGUGUUCGUGAUCUACCACUUUAUAAACUUCUUGAGGAAAAUGUUAUUGAGAAAGUCGUGAAAAAAGGUCAUUUUUACGCGCUUUCCUACAAUACCAGAAUUGAUGAGGAUAACACCAUAGCAUUUCUUCCAACUGGGCAGUUGAUUCUGUCUGUCGAUAAGGAUACCUAUGAGCAGCUGGGUUUGGAGGGAAAACCAUCCCAAUAUAAACAUAGAAAGGUGUUGAGAUAUGUUGUGACUGUAGACUUGACAGACAAGUUGAUGAGUCCAGGUGCAAAGGGACACCAGCGGCUGAUGACCAGUCUGAAAGAAUGGGUGCCAAUGAAAUGUGACUUGUUGAUUACCAGCAAAAUGACAGCCGCUGAUGGGGAUGGUGGGGCCUUGCGGACUCUCCUCUCCCAGUACAGCUUUGAAGAGUGCAGGCCUGCGCUGCAGACCCGUACACUGAAGGAGACACCCUGCCCCUCUCUCCUCUCCUCUGACCUGAUUGGAGAGAAGUCAUGUGACCCACAUCACUUCCUGGAGUGGCUGGGGGCAGUCAGUAUGGACAUCAGUUGUGACAAUGAGGCAUCCAGUUUUCUUUCAACGUAUGUCUGUCCUGAGCCACAGAACAUCAUGAAUCAAGGGUUACUGUGCUCCAUUACUGGGUUCCUGAUUCCUGAGAACAUAUACUCACUGCUUCUAGAGCUCAGGCGUUAUUUUGAUGAGCCCAAGUUCACCUCCUGGCUUUCCAUGACUGUGCAUGGCUUUAUGGACAGCCCAGUCUCUUGGGGAACCACAGAACACGGGUUCCUGAAGGGUGGGGAGAACUUCUACAACUUUGUUUGCUUCAGGAACCAGGACUACUGGUUGCACAUGGCCACAAGCUCACAUGAUGGCUGCCCACCCUAGAACCAAUGAGAGAAAGUGGACAUUUUCCAAGACCUUUGGUAAAUCUGGAACCAACAUUUACUUCAUCAUUAGAUUUUCCAUGUUUCCAAGUCUGUGGUAAUGUUUUCAGCUUGAUUUCAGUAAGUUCUGUUACACAAAGAAAACAUAGUAAGCAUGAUAUGUGAAAUAAGUUUAUUUUGACAGUUGUAUAUAUUUUAUGAAUCUAUUAAAAAAAUCUUUACAGAUUG